AUGACAAAGUCCCUGCCAAUUCUCCUCCUUACGACUGUGCUGAUCGACCAUCUCCAAUAUCCUCCCGCUUAUCCUCACUUUGACCUGUAUCCACGUGUUCAGACACAUGCGUCCCGUGAUGACACGGAUCUGACGACCAGCAAGUUCAUCGCUACAAGUAGCACGUAUCCCUUUUUGGUCAUUUAUCCUGCUGUGUAUCCACACUUCGAUCUGUAUCCCGCCUGUGCGGCAGAAUUAGCAAGUCGGGAGGAGGACAUUACCAACAAUAAGCUUUUCAUUUCGAGCAGCACGUACCCCUUAUUGGUCAUUUAUCCUGCUGUGUACCCCCACUUCGAUCUGUAUCCCGCCCGUGCGGCAGAAUUGACGAGUCGGGAGGAGGAUAUGACCAAUGGCAAGUUCUCUGUUCCAGUGUAUCCCUUCCUUGUCAUUUAUCCUGCCGUGUAUCUGCACUUCGAUCUGUAUCCUGCCCGCGCGGCAGAAUUAGCGAGUGAGGAGGCGGACAUAACUAACAGCAAGCCUUCCGUUUCGAGUAGCACGUACCCCUUCUUGGUCAUUUAUCCUCGUGUGUAUCCUCACUUCAAUCUGUAUCCCACUCGCGCUGCAGAGCUAGUGACCCGGGAAGAGUCCAACAUUCUUCAUCACGAAGAGACCAAGGCAAGGCUGGCAUGGGACGACCCUAAGGCUAACCGUGGUUAUGUUCAAGUUGGCCGUGAGCGUGUCACCACUUCAAUGGAUGCGGCCGAGAUCGCUGUAUUACGCGCAAAGGCUCCAGACACCAAGGAAUCUAUGGAAAUCGGACGUGAAAAUCAUCCUACGUUCAGUAAUAAGUGGCCUCAGGAAACUGAAGUACCUAGAUUUAAGCAGACGAUGCUCCACUUUUUCCAGACUUUCCACGAAGUGCACACUAUGGUCAUGAAAUCGAUUGCGUUGGGUCUUGACCUUCCUGAGGAUUUCUUCGACAAUAAGAUCGAUCAUUACGGAACUUUGACACUCUUGUUCCAGGAUUCCAUUGGCGGUUUAGAGGUCCAGAACCCUCAUACUAAGCAUUAUCAACCUGCUUCACCCAUCCCUGGAACAAUUUUUGUCAACGCUGGGGACCUUUUGGCGCGCUGGAGUAACGAUGUUCUCCGUUCAACUCUCCAUCGUGUAGUUGCCCCGCCUGCAACGAAGAUCAACGCUACCGAAGGCAUGACGCCCGCACGGCAAUCAAUUGCAUUCUUCUGCAACCCGAAUUUUGACGCUAUCAUCGAGAGUUUGCCCACUUGCACGAGCACAUCCAAUCCAAGCAGAUAUCCUCCGCUUACUACGGAGCAAUACAUUGUAGGACGUUUGGCAACUACUUACUCAUGA